ACUUGCUGUGUGCCCUCUGCACUCUCUGUGGGGCCAUCAGAGAAGUGGACAAUGGGGGAUGAGAGGGUCAUGACACGGAUGCUACUGGAAUGCAGUCUCACUGACAAGUUGUGUGUUGUCCAGGAGCGGCAGUAUGAAGUGAUCGUUGUCCCAGCUCUCCUGGUUGGCAUCUUCCUCAUCCUUCUUGGGGUCAUCCUGUGGCUCUUUAUCAGAGGACAAAGAGCCCAACAGCAGCAUUCUGGACUCCGAGGCACUGCCCCCACAUCUCCAUCUAGGGACACAAGCUGGGAAGCAGCAAGACACGGGGGAAAUGUGGUUGUGCCACUGAAGGAGACAUCAGUGGAAAGCUUUCUACAAGCUACCACACCUGCACUGGCUAAGCUGCAGGUGCCCCGGGAGCAACUCUCUGAAGUUCUGGAGCAGAUCCACAGUGGUAGUUGUGGGCCCAUCUAUCGAGCCAAAAUGAACACUGGGGACUCUGCUAAGUGCAAGAGUGUUGUCCUCAAGGCUUUAAAAGAACCAGCUGAGCUCCAUGAGGUUCAGGAUUUCUUAGGGCGAAUCCAGUUCUACCAGUACCUGGGGAAACACAAAAACCUGGUACAGCUGGAAGGCUGCUGCACAGAAAGGCUGCCCCUCUAUAUGGUGUUGGAGGAUGUGGCCCACGGAGACCUGCUCAGCUUUCUCUGGACCUGUCGCCGGGAUGUGAUGACCAUGGAUGGUCUUCUCUAUGAUAUCACAGAAAAACAAGUAUAUCACAUUGGAAAGCAGGUCCUUUUGGCUCUGGAAUUUCUGCAGGAUAAACAUCUGUUACAUGGGGAUGUGGCAGCCAGGAAUAUCCUGAUUCAAAGCGAUCUUACUGCUAAGCUCUGUGGACUGGGUCUGGCUUAUGAAGUCCACUCUCAUGGGGCCAUCUCCUCUACUCAAACCAUACCUCUAAAGUGGCUUGCCCCAGAACGGCUUCUCCUGAGACCUGCUGGCAUCAGAGGAGACAUCUGGUCUUUUGGGAUCCUGCUGUAUGAAAUGGUGACUCUAGGGGCACCACCGUAUCCUGAAGUCCCUCCUACCAGCAUCCUACAGCAUCUCCAGAGAAGGAAAAUCAUUAAGAGACCCAGCAGCUGCACACAAACCAUGUAUAGUAUUAUGAAGUCCUGCUGGCGCUGGAGUGAGAAGGGCCGCCCCUUACCUAGAGAGUUACGCUUGCGCCUAGAAGCUGCUGCUAGAACUGCAGAUGACAAGGCUGUAUUACAAGUACCAGAGUUGGUGGUACCUGAACUGUAUGCAGCUGUGGCCGGCAUCAGAGUGGAGAGUCUCUCCUACAACUACAGCAUUCUUUGAAGAGCCUCAGGCAAGAAACACAUAUGAGUGAUUGUAUUGUUCUUGGAACCAAUUCCUCCAAGAAAAGAGAAUGGACUUUAUGGUGGAAUACACAGGGAGAAAUGGCAUAUGAAUCCUGGAUAAGCCUUUAUGCAUUUCUCUAGAAAUCUGAAAUGAUGCUGAAUGAGGCUUUACACACCAUAUAUGCUGAGCUGACAAAUACUAUUGUUCCCAUUUCUGCUGUUGUACUCCUAGAGAACUUGGGUAGAAGAGGAGGGCAGUGUCAUUGCAAAGAUUUAAAAAAUUGGCAGUGCUUACUGGGGCAUGGCACAAACAAGCUUGUCCCUCCUAUCCUGGCUAGUUUCCUCCUGAACCAUGUUUUUGUAUAACUAUUAUGAGGCACAGAGAAUUUGGAAUGAAAUGAAGGUCAGGCCCAGUGGCUCAAGCCUAUAAUCAGCACUU